AUAAUUGUUUAAAGACACACGAUAUGCAGGAAAUACACACAAGUAUGUAACAGGUGUGAAUGGCUUAUAAAAGCCAUGUGACAUAAAAAUAACAAAUGAAAAACAAUAUACACAAUACAUUGAUUCUGCUGAUUCCGGAGGAUGAAACUGGGCCUAAUGUAACUGCUUCAGGUGUUCAAUGAAGUCUGCUCGCAAAUUGACAUAGCGCUAAGCCACUCCCUAAAAAAACAAAUUGUCCAAUCAUACUACAGUAACCGUUACUAUGCGCGAAGACCGAACAAGCCAUUUCGUCAGGCGCAUUGAAACGCAUUGUAAAAUUUGCAGCAGAUAAGUUAAAAUAUUUCUAAAAGUAAAACAGUAAUACAGGAUGGUGAAACACUGUGUGUGGGGUACCAGUAAUACAGACACCAGGUAUGCUGAAAGAUUGGAGGGAGAAGUCGUUUUUGUUCCUUUUCCAAAGCCGAAAACUAAUGUAUGCGAUGGAUAAGGCUCUGUCAAUACCAUCAAAGACCAGUAUUGUUCGUGCACUGCAGGGAAAAUCCUUAUUCUGCUACAUUACAACAUUAAAUCUCCAAAGACCGUGAUGCAAAGUGAUAAGCAGCUGUCCAUACGCCAGCGUUGAACUAGCCAACUGUCUGACACCUAAACACGCAAACUUGCAACCACUGGGGUUGGCUCGUUAGUCACCAGUGAAUUCUUCUUCCCUGACGUUCACUCCUCAAAGCUGCGGACGGGGAGUGUGUGUGUAUCUGUCCACCCCAUUAGCUCAAACUAGCCGCACUAGUUUCAAUUGCCUGUAAAAUAAAGUUUGCUGUGUGUUCUCUCUCUCUGUCUGGCAGAAAAAGGAAAAACUUAAAAUAUCGUGUGGAUAAAAUGCCUGCAGUCUCUAAAGGAGAUGGAAUGCGUGGCCUCGCUGUUUUCAUCUCUGACAUUAGGAACUGUAAAAGUAAAGAGGCAGAGAUCAAGAGAAUAAAUAAAGAGCUGGCCAACAUCCGGUCCAAAUUUAAGGGAGACAAGGCUCUGGAUGGCUACAGUAAGAAGAAGUAUGUCUGCAAGCUCCUCUUCAUCUUCCUCCUGGGACAUGACAUUGACUUCGGCCACAUGGAAGCUGUUAACCUGCUCAGCUCCAACAAAUACACAGAGAAGCAGAUUGGCUAUCUGUUCAUCUCCGUGCUGGUCAACUCCAACAGCGACCUGAUUAGUCUGAUCAAUAACGGCAUCAAGAACGACCUGUCCAGCAGGAACCCCACCUUCAUCAACCUGGCGCUGCACUGCAUCGCCAACGUGGGCAGCAGGGAGAUGGCCGAGGCCUUCGCCGCCGACAUCCCCCGAAUCCUGGUGGCUGGGGACAGCAUGGACAGUGUGAAACAAAGCGCCGCCCUGUGUCUCCUGCGUCUCAACAGGACGUCCCCUGACCUGGUCCCCAUGGGGGAGUGGACGGCACGCGUGGUGCACCUGCUCAACGACCAGCAUCUGGGCGUGGUGACGGCAGCCACCAGCCUCAUCACCACUCUGGCCCAGAAGAGCCCUGACGACUUCAAAACCUCCGUCUCCCUGGCUGUCGCCAGGCUCAGCAGGAUUGUGACCUCGGCCUCCACAGACCUGCAGGACUACACCUACUACUUUGUAGCAGCUCCCUGGCUGUCAGUCAAGCUGCUCAGACUGCUGCAGUGCUACCCACCCCCUGAGGACGGGGCGAUCCGGGCGCGUCUGGUGGAGUGUCUGGAGAGCAUCCUGAACAAGGCCCAGGAGCCGCCCAAGUCCAAGAAGGUGCAGCACUCCAACGCCAAGAACGCCGUGCUGUUUGAAGCCAUCAGCCUCAUCAUCCACCACGACAGUGAGCCCACCCUGCUGGUGCGAGCCUGUAACCAGCUGGGUCAGUUCCUGCAGCACCGGGAGACCAACCUGCGCUACCUGGCCCUGGAGAGCAUGUGCACGCUGGCCAGCUCCGAGUUCUCCCACGAGGCCGUCAAGACCCACAUCGAGACGGUCAUCAGCGCCCUGAAGACAGAGAGAGACGUGAGCGUGCGUCAGCGGGCCGUGGACCUGCUCUACGCCAUGUGCGACCGCAGCAACUCCAAGCAGAUCGUGGCGGAGAUGCUGAGCUACCUGGAGACGGCCGACUACUCCAUCAGGGAGGAGAUCGUGCUGAAGGUGGCCAUCCUGGCCGAGAAGUACGCGGUGGACUACACCUGGUACGUGGACACCAUCCUGAGCCUCAUCCGCAUGGCCGGGGACUACGUCAGCGAGGAGGUGUGGUACCGCGUCAUCCAGAUCGUCAUCAACCGCGACGACGUCCAGGGCUACGCGGCCAAGACCGUCUUCGAGGCGCUGCAGGCUCCAGCCUGCCAUGAGAACCUGGUCAAGGUUGGGGGAUACAUCCUAGGAGAGUUUGGCAACCUGAUCGCUGGAGACGCCAGGUCCAGUCCUCUGGUCCAGUUCAACCUGCUCCACUCCAAGUUCCACCUGUGCUCCGUGCCCACGCGGGCCCUGCUGCUGUCGGCCUACAUCAAGUUCAUCAACCUGUUCCCGGAGGUGAAGGGCACCAUCCAGGAGGUGCUGAAGUCCGACAGCCAGCUGCGCAACGCCGACGUGGAGCUCCAGCAGCGGGCGGUGGAGUACCUCCGACUCAGCUGCAUCGCCAGCACCGACAUCCUGGCCACGGUCCUGGAGGAGAUGCCCCCCUUCCCCGAGCGGGAGUCCUCCAUCCUGGCCAAGCUGAAGAGAAAGAAAGGCCCCGGGGUGACCCUGCCCGACCUGGAGGACCAGCGCAAGGAGCGCGGCGCCAACGUCAACGGGGGCUCGGAGCACGCCGCCAGCAACUCCGCUGCCACGGUGUCCCCCUCCACCUCCACAGACCUGCUGGGCCUGGCCAGCCCCGCGCCCUCCACCGGCGGCAGCCUGCUGGUGGACGUCUUCUCCGAGCUCCACGCCCCGGAGCAGGCCAGCGCGGAAGCCCCAGCUCCCCCCGUGGCAGAUGACAACUUCUCCAGGUUUGUGUGCAAGAACAACGGGGUUCUGUAUGAGAACCAGCUGCUGCAGAUUGGCCUGAAGUCUGAAUACAGACAGAACCUGGGACGGAUGUACGUGUUCUUUGGCAACAAGACGUCCACUCAGUUCCUGAACUUCUCUGCUUCUGUGUUGUGCCAGGAACCUCUGCACUCUCAACUGAACAUCCAGGCCAAGCCGGCCGACCCCACCGUGGAGGGAGGGGCCCAGCUGCAGCAGACCCUCAACAUCGAGUGUGUGUCCGACUUUGUUGACGCUCCGGUGCUCAACAUCCAGUUCAGGUACGGCGGAACACUCCAGAAGAUGGCUGUGAAGCUGCCCAUCACUCUCAACAAGUUCCUCCAGCCCACCGAGAUGGUGUCACAGGACUUUUUCCAGCGUUGGAAACAACUUGGAGCCCCUCAGCAGGAGGUGCAGAAGAUCUUCAAAUCCAAACACUCGAUGGACACGGAGGUCACCAAAGCGAAGAUCAUUGGGUUCGGUGCUGCCCUGCUGGACGGGGUGGAUCCCAACCCCUCCAACUUUGUGGGAGCCGGAGUGAUCCACACUAAGACCACGCAGGUGGGCUGCCUGCUUCGACUGGAACCCAACACACAGGCACAGAUGUACCGUCUGACACUACGGACCAGCCGCGACACAGUGUCCCAGAGGCUGUGUGACCUGCUGUCUGAACAGUUCUGAGAGUCCCAGUGCUCCAGUCUUCACCUCCACACUCCCCACGCCCCACCCUCCCUUCCUACCUCUCCACCAGCCCUGCUCUCCCCUGUCACUCCACCUCCAACAAGCCCUAGUGAACCAUUGACUUGUUGGAUGUUGGAUCCCAAACAAAUCGAAUGUGCCCCGUCCCCAUCCCCCCGUCCCCAUCCCCCCCGGAGGUUCAGUGUACAGUGUAAAUUCUUUUUUUAUAUUUGACAUAUUAUAAAUGUAUAUCAAAUUAUUUUCUUUUUGGUUUUUCACUCAGCUUUACUAAUAUUUCACCGCUUUUGAUCCAUUAUGUAGCUUGGCUGUAAACUGGUGCACAGCCAGGCUGCUGAACAAGAGGUCUGAGUGUCUAGACAGAUCACCUGUGACAGUGCUGUGGUUGGAUCUUACACUCACUCCCUCACAAAGCAAGCCUUAUUCAAGUGAUCGAACUGGAUCUGCCAGGAAACUAAGAACUAAGUGGUUUAAUCCUAACCUCUUAACCCACCUAGUCCCCAAACCCUCCUAGUCCCCCAACCCUCCCCACCUCCCAGUCGCCUACAUCCUGCCUUAACCAAAGUUGCCCUCGGUCCCAAUGUAGCAGAAUGUUCCCAAAUGUUUUAAGGAAACCUGAACCAUAAUGGGAGCCAGCCUGACGGCCUUCCUAUGUCUUUGGUGUCGGGUGGCAUGUAGCUGGAGUAUCCACAGUCGUAGGACUCCGUUAGCCCCAGGGGAGCUCCAGACCCUGUGAGCCCAGGGGAUCUCUGUCCGGGUGUAAACCGCUAGGUCCACUAAAUGCUAGCUACAUCUCUACACGCUGCUAGCUCCAUGACUAGCCCGCCUGCUACACUGCUACAGGUGGCUAGUAACUACAUCACUGCCACACCUCUCUGUGCCUUCUAGUGGUUAAACCAUAUAUCAACUGCUUUCAAUCAUAUGACAGGUUUUGCCAAAUAAAGUUGAUUGUGUCACUU